AUGGAUGACUGGGACAACAGUGAUGAACUCAUUCAGCGACUGGAUUUUUCUAGUUGUGGUGAAGAGAGUGAGGGUAGAAGUGUGGAUGAGGAGGAUGCCCAGAGCUCAAGCCCUGCCAGGAGCUGUGAGUUCCGGCCUUGGCAAGGCAGCAGUCCUCUGCCACCAACCCCUCAGGGCAAGCUUAAUGAGAUUUUCCUGAAGAGUACAAAAGCCUGGAUGAGUCCUACCCUGAGUGCUUCCCCAGCUAUGAGCAAGAGACCAAGUAAUGCUGAGACGCCACUACACAUCACCUGGAAAAAGCUGCAGCUGUGUGACACUCCGCACACCCCCAAGAGCCUGUUGUCAAAGGCAACUUCUUCUUCAUCCGAGACAAAGGUCCCACCCAAAGGCUUCCGACAUCUGAGAUUUACUCCUGGUGCUGACUCUGAUGACUCUGCCCAAGCUCCUCAUGUCAACAUUAAUCCCUUUACCCCAGAGUCAUAUCGACAAAUGCUCUUCCUUCCUAAUGCCAAGGGGAAGACCGGAGGACAGCUGAGGAAUUCUGAUCCAGGAAGCCAGAAGGAGCAGGAGCUUUCUGUAAAGAGAUACCAUCUGAAAGAGAGCAAUAUGGUUUCCCGCUACAAGAAGGAGUUCCUGGAACUGGAAAAAAUUGGUGUGGGGGAAUUUGGCUCUGUCUACAAGUGCAUCAAACGCCUUGAUGGAUGUGUUUAUGCCAUCAAACGCUCCAAAAGGCCUCUGGCAGGAUCCUCAGAUGAGCAGCUGGCACUGCGUGAGGUCUAUGCCCACGCUGUCCUCGGACACCACCCCCAUGUUGUGCGCUACUACUCGGCAUGGGCAGAGGAUGACCACAUGAUCAUCCAAAAUGAACACUGCAAUGGUGGGAGUCUCCAAGAUGCACUUCUGGAAAAUGCAAAGCUUGGUCAGUAUUUCCCAGAAGCAAAACUGAAAGAAAUAUUGCUGCAAGUCUCCAUGGGGCUAAAAUACAUCCACAACUCUGGUCUUGUGCACCUGGAUAUCAAACCUAGUAAUAUCUUCAUCUGUCACAAACUGGCAGUCGAGAGCCCUGCUGGGCAGGAAGAGAGUGACAGUGAAGAUGAACUCACACCUGGUGUGGUGUAUAAAAUUGGUGACCUUGGCCAUGUGACAUCAAUAUCAAACCCCCAGGUGGAGGAAGGAGAUAGAAGGUUCUUGGCCAACGAGAUUUUGCAAGAGGAUUAUUGCUAUUUGCCAAAAGCAGACAUCUUUGCCUUGGCACUCACAGUAGCUCUAGCAGCUGGCGCAGAACCACUGCCUCAUAACGGGGAUAUGUGGCAUCACAUCCGCAAAGGCUAUCUCCCACCAAUCCCCCAGAAGCUUCCUCAUCCCUUUUUUGAACUCCUUGAGCUCAUGAUCCAUCCUGACCCAGUGGAAAGACCUUCUGCCACAGCUCUUACUAAACAUCCAGUGCUCUGUCCUUCACGUGGAAAAGCUGCAGAGCUCCAGAAGCAGCUAAAUGUGGAGAAGUGCAAGAUUGCCAUGUUGGAAAGGAGCGACGGCAGCAUGCUGCGGCGACCGGCGUGGCAGGUGCUUCGUCAGUUUGUAAGGCAUGAUUCUGAUACAGUUGGCUCAUUGGUGCUUGAAAGAUCCAUGAAUCGUGUUCAGUUACUUGGUCGGGUUGGGCAGGACCCUAUCAUGAGGCAAGUGGAUGGAAAGAAUCCUGUUACCAUAUUUUCUCUUGCAACCAAUGAGAUGUGGCGAACAGGGGAAAGUGAGGUAAACCAGGGAGGUGAUAUCAGUCAGAAGACGACAUGGCACAGGAUCUCUGUCUUCAGGCCGGGCCUCAGGGAUGUUACGUAUCAGUAUGUGAAGAAGGGUUCUCGAAUCUACGUUGAAGGGAAGAUAGACUACGGUGAAUACACAGAUAAAAACAACGUGAGGCGGCAGGCCACAACCAUUAUAGCAGAUAAUGUAAUUUUUCUGAGUGAUGGUGGUGUGAAAGAAAAGGUGUGAGGUCAUUAGUGCUUGGAUCCAGGCCAUUUCAUUCCUUUUGUUUUACAGUGCUUCAUAAUUCUGUGAUCAUGUAUAUUGCUGUAGCUUCUUCAAAGACCAAAUAAAACGUUUGGUACCUAUAGGGUAUCUGUGUGUUUUGUUUUCUUAGUGCUUAGGGCAUCAUUAUUACAUGGAUUGACACGAUGGCUAUGACACUUCUCGUCUCAGUACCUUGUCAGUGUGAUGCCUAUCGUUUGCCAUCAGGAGGAGCUGGAGGAAUUACUGCCUUGGCUUUCCUUCUGAGAGGCCUGCGAUUGUGUGUGGAAAAACAUUCCUGCUCCAGGCUUUUCACUGGAUGUGGGAGUGGUGUGUUUUGCUGUACCAUUGUUUUAUUGUCAGAUUGAGAAUUACUAGUGUGGUUAGUAAAAGAAUGCACAAGCGAAAGGUGUACCUUUGUUACGUGGAGAAGUGGUUAAUUACUCACUAAUGCGGUGUGAAGAGGGAAAGAAAAUGUUAGAGGUGAGAAUUUCCUGCAUUCCAGGCUUGUGGGGUUCUGUAUCUUCACUCUCUGAGCCCAGCAGGGAGCAUCCUUAGCUUCUGCUCUUCUUCCCCUUACUGAAUUAUAAU